AUGUCUCUGGGUACCCCAGUUGGAUUCAUGGACGCCAAGGAUGAUGUCCGUGGCCUCAUUCGUAACAUGGAAGAGACAGCUGUCCGUGAGCAGCGACUCUCCCUUUUCCCACCCAUUUCAGCCUUUGCGCGCAAUAAUCCGCUGGGGCGGCGCCUCUUCGUGUCCCGUCCGAGUGAUCGUCGGGGGCUAGGACUUUUCAUGGCGGAGAUCCGUCAGGAGGUACAGCAGCGUCGCGCAUGCGCCGCCAAGCCCAAGUACGAACAUUCAAUGCUGGACCAAUGGCUGGCCUCAUCUUCGUCAUAUGGCCAAGGGAUUCCUCAGCAGGAGAUUGAGGAUGAACUUCUAAUGGACAUGCAUACGAGACUUACCGACCCCGUGUCCAGGAUGGCUGGCCCAGAUUCCAUCGCCCUAAUGGCCACUAACCUCGUCUUCCUUGUCGCCGAUCAGCGCCCGAUCCUGCAAAGAGCCCAAGCUGAGGUGGAUGCCGCUUAUGCAGACGGGCGCCUCAGCGGACAAGUCCCCACGUACGAAGAGUGCCGGCAGCUCCCAUUCAUCACGGCCUGCGUUAACGAGGGCCUCCGCUUCGUUGCGUCUACCUUCCCGCGCCGCCGGGCCUCGCCACCGGGACGGCCCUUUUCCCUCAGCGGCAUGCACGUCCCUCCUGGCACGUCAGUGUCGUCGAGCGCCGCUAUGAUUGGCCGCCAUCCGGACCUCUACGGUGACCAGGCGGAUCAAUUCCUGCCCGAUCGGUGGCUGGCUGCAUCGCCGGAGCAGUUACAGGAAUGGGCCCGGCUUGAUGUCCACUGGGGAGUUGGAGUCCGCAAGUGCCUUGGCAAGCAUGUGGGGUUGAUGGCUCUAUACAAGACCCUUGUCACGCUCGUCCGGUCUUUUGAUCUCCAACUCGAAGAGACGACAACCAUUAAUCGAUGGAGCUACCCGUCCUCUGAGCAUAUGCUGUUGACCCCUCAUACGCCGCCCACUCAGUGA